GACGGCGGAAGCUGGCUGAGUUGGCCGUCGACGGCAGUUUGUUUCGUCUGCUCUGCUCUGCAAUAGCAAUGGAUGAUGUAGCUGCCGCUACUGACGCUGCUACUGCUACUGUGAUUUACUGUGAGUACUUGUGAGUUUCGCGCCCGCCGCCGGGAUAGGACACCUGCAGGGCAGUCCUGAGUCGCGCGACGUGUGAACCGUGAUAACUGAUAACGUGUGACGAGGAGAGGUUAGAACGUUUUGCGAUCGUUAACGGCUAGCAACCAACAACCCCUAGUACGCGAGCUCAGCUGAGGCAUGCGGUCCUCUUGUUUGCUAAUUUGAGUGUGUCCGUCCGUUCAAUGUGUUGUGCGAUAAACAUGUACCUCGGGUCCUCGGUGCAGACAAUCCUCUUCUUUCUUCUCGCCUUCUUCGCUUUCAGUGUAACGUCCAGUGUCAACGACAACGUCAUCGAGAAGACACAAUUCGAAGCUGCUUUUCAAGGAAAAUGCGGUCAUGACAGUCCUUGCGAGCAGCUGUGCUAUGAGCUGCAUGAUGGCAUGUUCGAGUGUGAUUGCAAGGAGGGACACAUUCUCCACCAUAAUGGCUACAGUUGUCUCGAGCUGAACACGACGAUGGAGCCGAUGUUGCGGGAAGAGCUGGCUGAAGAAGAGGACAUCCUGUACCAGAAGGACGCGUCGUUCUCGGCCGAACUGGACCCGGGUCCCGGGGCGGCAUCGACGACCGACGAGACACCCCCCAGUCCGACGCCCGGCGUCGCCGCCCCCACCCCUCUCUGCCACCCCGACUGCGCCAAUGCGGGCGGCGUCUGCUCCAGCCAAGGCCGCUGUCUCUGCCCGCUUGGUCGCGCCGGUCCGCUCUGCCAGCAAGAAAUGCAAGUGAAGACGCCGCUGUUCUCGGGGCAGGGGUGGCUGGCAUUCCCAGCGCUGCGGGCGGCAUACAAGCAUGUGCAGCUGGAGGUGGAGUUCCGCCCCCAGGCCUGGGAUGGCGUCCUCUUCCUCACGGGAGAGCGCGACGACCUGGCCGGGGAUUUCAUGGCCAUCAUACUCUACCAGGGCUUUGUUGAGUUCAGGUUUGACUGCGGCUCGGGCGUGGGGAUGGUGCGGUCGGAGCAGACAGUGCGCCUCAACCAAUGGAACAAGCUGACGCUCUACAGACACCGCUGGGAUGCCUGGAUUCAGCUCAACAACGGCAAACACGUCCAGGGCCGAUCUAAGGGCCUUUUCUCCCGCAUUACGUUCCGGGAGCCCGUGUUCAUCGGCGGCAGAGGCAACACGUCGGGCCUGGCGGACAAGUUGCCUGUGGAACGGGGCAUGCGCGGAUGUGUGCGUCAUCUCCACAUCAACGACCACGUCUACAACUUCGCACUCGCACCCAAGGGAGAUGCUCUCGCCGGAUUCGACAUCGACGAAUGCACGACAGAUGAGUGCAGCAGAGUGCCGUGCCAGCACGGGGGAAAGUGUCUGGCUGCUGGCAUAGGAGAAACGCCCGUCUGUCUCUGUCCACUCGGCUUUGCGGGAGACCUUUGUGAAACAAGGCUCGACUUACAGGUUCCUGCUUUCAACGGGUCUAGUUACUUGCGGUACCCGGGUUUGGGUGGCUCGGCGCUCUCGUGGCUGGAUCUGGUGAUGGUGCUGAAGCCAACCAGCCAGGACGGUGUCAUCCUCUACAACGGACACCGCACCGACGGUGUCGGCGACUUCAUUGCUGUCUACAUGAGCGAGGGACAUCUCGAGUUCACCUUCGAUCUUGGCACUGGUGCUGCUACUAUCAGGAGCAGUGAGCCGGUUGAGCUGGGAGAGUGGCACGAGCUGCGACUGUCGCGCACAGGUCGCCUGGCAGUGCUGCAGGUGGACCGCCACCCCCCCAACCAGAUGGUGGCGCCCGGCGCAUUCGCCCAACUCAGUCUGCCGCUCAACCUCUACAUCGGCGGCGUCCCCAACUUCGACAUGGUCUCGCCCAAGGUCAGGGUGCGCACCUCCUUUGUCGGCUGCAUUCAAAAGGUGGUGAUCAACAACCAGCCGUUGAAGAUCGUGGCGGAGGCGCUGGCGGGUGCGAACGUGGACAACUGCGCGCACCCGUGCGUGGUGAGGCCGUGUGGCGAGCAUGCGCAGUGCGUGGCUCACUAUGACGGCUACAAGUGCCUGUGUCAGCACAAGUGCAGCGCCAGCGCAAGUUCCAGCCAAGCACACGCCACCCUUCCGCCCGCCACCUUCUCAGGCUCCACUUUCCUCCACUACACCGAUCCAGACAUACUGCACAGGAUAACGAGCAACCGAGUGAGCAUCAACAUGAGGUUCAGAACGAACUCGUCGUCAGGCCUGCUGCUGUGGAGCGGGGGGCGGCUGGGAGGGGGUGGUGCGGGGGUGGCAGCUGACUUCCUGGCACUCGGCAUUCGCGACGGCCUCCUCCAUCUGCGUUUCAACCUUGGCAGUGGCGAGGCAGUCGUCGUCUGCAACAGCACACGUGUCAGCGACGGCCACUGGCAUCGGCUCAAAGCUGUCAGAAACGGACAAGAAGGAUCGUUGACAGUUGAUAAUGGAAAAACGUUUCUCAAUCGGUCACCAGGGAAAUUAAAACAACUUAACACGAAUACUGGCUUGUACAUAGGUGGAAUGGAAGAUCUAGAAGUGGCUACAAAUCACAAGUACCACAGAGGAAUCCACGGCUGCAUCUCGGAGCUGAUCCUGGACUCAGAUCAUCACGUGCAGCUGUCGUGGUCGCCGGAAGCAGCAGACCGGUGCGGCGGAUAGACCGGGCAACCAACCAGUGCCGGUGCGGCGGGUGGACCGGGCAACCAAUGCCAACCAGUGCCGACACCAUUGGACACUGCUAGACACAUUCAGUGAGACGUUUUUGUACAUAGGACCUACGAGGAGUGCAUUUUUGUGGCCGUUGUAACUUACUAGUAACGCGUUUGUACACUAUACUGUAAUUGAGUGGAACCCACUAGUUAGAUGUCCAUUCCCGUAUAGUAGACCGCAUCUCUAGGAUGAGCAAUUUGAGAGAAUGGAAAGUAAACUACUUAUUUAGUGCACUGUUAUAAUAAAUGCGUGAAGAAUACCUUUUUGCAAGCAACUAAUUCUAAGUUAUUACUAGAAGAGUAAAUUGAAAUAAUGCCACUUUCGAUGGAAGAUGUAACAAGCAUCAAUCACGCUUCUAUGUGUCCACUAGGACUCACUGGCCUAGCCUUGAGAACAAUCACCGCGUUCCCACCUGUGAAGCCUUGUUAUUCUAGCGUUCUCUCUUCAAAAUACUACUAUGAAUCUCAUAUUGUUUGUGAUAUAUCAUUCACAAAAAUGUGAUGUAUUCAAUUCACAAAUUUUUGCUUCUUUUCCUCCUCAUCAAGAGUAAUGAGUUUUUCAUUUAAUAUGAUUUAGUUUCUCAUAAUGAGAUGGAAUGAAUUUAUCCUAUUAGUUUCCAUUGGUUUCUCAUUAGUAUAGUGUAAACUUAUUAUUGAGUCCAGCAUUUUACUACCGUAAAAAUACUGUAGUUCAUUAAUUUCUACUUUCCCUUGAAAUAAUAUUCAUUUCAAUAUUUGUGAAUCUCAUAACAUUACAAGAAGUGUGGAUGAUGUAGUCCUCUAGUAAGAAAUUUUGUACUUGAAAAAAAUCGUGUAAAUACUAGUGUACACUCUACAGAGACUUUUCUCCAUACCUUGAACUGUUUUAAAAUGAGAAUUAACUUACCAACUCAAUAAUUUUUCAAUUUUCUACUUUGAAAUUCUCAUGAAAUUAUACCCCUUAUGUAGAGUAACAAAGUGUGACCAAUAUAAUCAUUGACCAAAAUCAUAGUAGGCUAUUUCUAUCUAUCUGGUUUGAUAAUAGCCUUAGCCAUAUUAUAGGAGUAUCCUCAAUAAUAUUGAGUUUCUAUGACUCCAAAUAGUAAUUUAUUAGAGUAAGAUUUUUUUCUAGAAACCUAUCCCGAUUUUGAACAGUAUACAUUGGAAAGCCGUGUAAUGGGAGGAAGCUUAAUGCUCUGGAAUCUUGACUGUUAAAUUUGUGAAGAAGCAUUGAUGAUUCUUCAAAGUAAUGCAUUCUUCCUUAUAUUAUCCUGAUGUUUAUAAAGGUAGAUUUCAGGCUACAGCCUAUAAGAAAAUUCCUGCCAAUUUUUCAGUCCCCACUCAGAUUUAUAUUAAUAAAAUAAAAUUGAAGCAUAUAGUAAUUAUUAUUCACAUCUUAUCUACAUCCAUUUAAAAAAAUUCAUUCCUCACCUGUAUCAACUUCAACUUCAAAAGUGUAAAAACUACGAUACUAAAAGAAAUGGCUUAUUCGUAGCUAGUGAUUGUGUUAGCUUUAAGGUCAUCAAGUUAUUUCUCAUAUAGACUACCACAAAUAGCUUGUAAACAUUUCUCUACAAGCUGUGUGUUAAUAAAAUAUGUGGAGAUGCAACUGAAGCAUCUCGUCUUUGUAAAUAAUGAAAAAUGAAGAAUGUGUGCAAAUAGAACAGUAAAACACUAAACACUUGUUUGCAAGUAAAAAGAUCUCUCUAUGAAUAUAGACUGUUAUCAAUAAUAGGCAAUUAUUGUAUAAUUUGUUUGUCAAUUAAGGCUUAGAACAAAUUGAAAUGAAUGUUGAAAAAGAAUGAUAUGUUUUAUAUGAACUGUAGUAUGAAUUCAAUCAGAGUGUAACUAUGUACGAUUGUUAAUUAUUGCUAUUAUGAGCGUACCCUUCCACCUCUAAUAUUAAUUUAUUAUCACUACUACCACACCUAGAUCAUAAAAAAUAUAUUUAUCUUGAAUUCAAAUUAUUUGAUUUUUUAAUUCUUUUACAUGUAGCGUUUCAUACGGAUUUGUAUUAUUUAUGUUUGAAAAUUGGGUUGCAAAAUGCUUUUGGUAAUAGCUACUGUAUACCGUACUUGAACUUAUGACCCAAAUAUGGAAUGAUAUAGUACAUUAUUUGGAACUUUGACUAUCAGAUGAGAAAUGUAUAUCCAGCAUUAAUACUGAUACAGUCUAGAUAAAUUUUUCUGAAGCAAUGUGUUCGGCCUAAUCUCUAACUGAGAAUGGUUGUUGAAUGAGUAAACCCUCUAUGUACAAUAUAGAACAGAAUAAUUAUGGAAUAAUUAUUUCCCCGCAUGGACUGUUGAUCCGUGCGCGGGGAAGGAAUACACAAUCUAUACAGGCAAUACAAGUGCAAAAAACAGUCAAUAAUUUAUAUUGAUUCAAGCUUAACCUAUAAAUAAAAAAUAUAUGUUAAAUCCUGUAAUGUAUAAAAUACAAACUGUAUGAAUGAUGAUUCACACAGCACAAGUACCCGACUCAGAAUACUUCAUCUUCUGGUGAGCUAUUUGAACUGAUCCAAUACAGCAUUAAUCAUGUUUAGCUAAAAUAUCAAUUCCUGUCUGAAUACUUAUUGUCGAUUUAAUCGAUUUUUUCCACAAAUAACAUAAUUGCAUGUACAAUCUUACUCAAUCCAAUAGAAUUUUUCUCGGGGAUUUUUCAAAAUCACUCUUUUGCGGUUCACGCGCAUGAGUUACGAUACCGCACCGAGUGAAUGAUAGUGAGUUGACCUCUUCAUAAAUUUAAAAUCAAAGGAAAUACAUAUCAAAUUCACUCGCAAUUUAAUCGAUAUUUGAUACUGUAGUUAACUGAAAGCUAAGGAAUGUUUAAGCUUUUGCAGAAAGGUGGUGAGUUUUACCAAAACAUAUCGAAUUUUCAAUAACUUAGCCUGCAGUAAAUUCUAUACAGAAGCUUCAAGAGUAUGCCCAAUCGACUUUCGUUUUCUAAUGAAGGAUACAUGUUUGAACCAUUUGAUUCAAUCGCAUGAUUGCAAAUUGAGAUUGAACUAAAUUGUAGAAUAAAUUCUACUCAGGAACUUAUCAAUCCUGAUAGAAGAUCUAUGAUGGUCAUGUUCUUGUGUGUUGCGAGAGAUUGGCGCAUCAUCUUAUCCCAGAACAGCUCAGAUGAAUCCAUAGUUCAGAGUUUAAUAUUAUUAUAUCUUACAUUAUGAGUACUGUAGCUAGUCUAGAUCUUGAUCAUUACUGGAAUAUUUGAAGUGGAACUCAUCAAUAUUUUAAAUGAGAAAAUGUUUGAGAUGUAUUCAAAAUGUAUUAGGUAUCUUGAAAGAGAUUGUUCAACCGGUAUUCCAAAGGACAUGGUAUGAAUUUUACUUUGUCAACCUUCAUUACAUCACAACUCUCUAAAGAAUGUACAAUAAUAUUUUUCAUAAUUUUUCCACUUUCUAGAUAUUUUGCAAGUCAAUACAGUUCUGCGCAAACAUUAGCCUACAAUACCGUAUGCGUAUAUUGUUUCUUUUCAAAGCAAUUUUGAGUGAAAUUAUAUAGGUACUCACUUUGAAAAAAGAAACAUUGUGUAAUGUCAAUUACCUUACUGGAGGAAAAUUAGUUUUGGAGGGAGAUUGUUUGCAAAAUAAGAAUAUUUUUAAAUAUCCAAAUAAAUUUAAGGGAAUUGUUUUUUGAAACACCAAGUUAAUCAAAACAAUAUAUGAGCAGCAAGAUAUAAGCACCACUUCUAAAACAGCAAUAACUGUUAAAAAUAUUCCUCAAUCAUCCAUUCUCAUUGAUCUGGGAAAACAUGAGUUACUUCUUCUCAAAGCUACCAUAUGAAACACAUUCGAUAAGAUGUAAGAUAUAUUAGUCAAUCUCAUUAACUGCUUUAAUUUCAUUGGUAAGCUAAAUGACUUUCAGCAUUUCAAUACACACUUAUUUAUUUUUAUAUAGAGCACAUGAAUAAUAUUUAUUCAUUCUCAUGAAUUUGGCUUUGAGACAUAUCAUCUUAUGUACAGUGUGUAUUAGUUAAUAUUAGUUUUGUAAUUUUCUGUAUAAUAAUUUUGAGAAUAAUAAAUUGAAUGUUGGUGUACACAAUUGGAAA